GAAUAAAGCAGAAGGACUCAUUUGCUCUCUUUCACUGAAGAAGGCAGGGUAAGACAUAGUGGGGGGAAAUUAGAGGCCAGUGUUUCAGAAAGCAAGGAGAUAGAUUUCCAGUCUCAUCUGAAAUGAUUAAAGUACUUCUUAUUUCUACAUUUUUGCUCCUUUCUCGGCACCAAGGGACUGCACAAAGGGAAUUACUUGGGGUGAAGGACUACGAAGUGGUAUAUCCACAGAGACUACACGUAUUGCAUAAAAGAGAUGCAGCAGGAAACCACAAUCCCAGCAAUGGGGCGAAAUAUGAUGACAGCAUGCAAUAUGAAAUUAAAGUCAAUGGAGAGAAAGUGAUACUUCAUCUAGAAAAAAAUAAGGAUCUGUUUGCCAAGGAUUACUCUGAAACUCAUUACUCACAUGAUGGUCGAGAAGUGACCACAAGCCCUGAGGUCAAGGACCACUGUUUUUACGACGGUCACAUCCAAAAUGAUAAUGACUCAGAAGCAAGCAUCAGUGCCUGCCGUGGUUUGAAAGGAUAUUUCAAGAGGCGUGGUCAAAGAUACCUCAUCCAACCCAUGAAGCUCACAGACAGUGAGGAACAUGCAGUUUUUAAAUACGAAAACCUGGAAAAUGUGGAAGACCCAAAAACUUGUGGCGUGACCAACACUACGUGGGAAUUGGAAGAUCCUAUCAAAAAGUCCUCUAGAUCAAGCACCAGUCUAGAAAAACAAGAGUACCUGAAAGCAAGGAAGUACGUCGAAAUCUACAUAGUUGUAGACAACGCUGUGUACAGGAAGUACAACCACAACAUGACGAAUAUAAGAACACGAGUAUAUGAAAUAAUCAAUUACAUCAACGUGGUUUAUAAAGCCAUAAACGUUCACGUGGCUUUGAUUGGUCUAGAAGUCUGGACAUCUGGGGAUCCGUUCAUUGUGAGCUCUUCAGCAGGCACCACAUUAGACAAAUUCUCAGAGUGGCGUCAGUCGAAUCUGCUGAAGCGAAAGACGAACGACAACGCUCAGUUACUCACAGGGAUUGACCUGGAAGGCCCAACAGUAGGACUGGCCUUUGUGGGAACCAUGUGCAGUGUUACUCAUUCGUCAGGCAUUAUUCAGGACCAUCAUCCCAAUUCUAUUUCAAUUGGAGCGACCAUGGCCCACGAGAUGGGGCACAACUUUGGUAUGAACCAUGACACUAACUUCUGCAAAUGCAGUUCUGCAUCGUGCAUCAUGGCGGCACAACUCAGCUACAAUACCCCCAAGGAUUUUAGCACAUGCAGUCUACAGGAAUUUCAGAAAUACAUUUUGGACCGAACGCCAGCGUGCAUCACCAAUAUCCCUUCCCCAACAGACAUAAUAGCAACCCCCGUGUGCGGAAACAACUUUGUAGAGAAGGGAGAAGAAUGCGAUUGUGGAACUCCUGAGGAAUGCACAAAUGUCUGCUGCGAAGCUGCGACGUGCAAGCUGAAGCCGAAUGCGAAAUGUGGAUUUGGAGAGUGCUGUGAAAACUGCCAACUUAAAAAAGCUGGGACAGUUUGCCGAGCGAAAAAGCAUGACUGUGACAUACCCGAGCUGUGCACUGGCUGGUCCCACGAGUGCCCAGUGGAUCGAUUCCGAGUCAAUGGAUACCCCUGCCAAGAUGAUCAGGGUUACUGUUACAUGGGGAAAUGCCCCACCCGAGAGAGCCAGUGUGUUGCUCUUUGGGGACCAGGUUCAACAGUAGCUCCAGACUCGUGCUAUGCGGUGAACCAGAACGGAGUUUACUACGGACACUGCAGAAAGGGAAAUGGCACCUUUAUCCCCUGUGCAAAAAAAGAUAUAAAGUGCGGGAAGUUAUUCUGUACCGGUGGCUCACGCAUGCCUACAGAUGGAAACCUACUGUCCUUUGACUCCUGCAAAGGCAGUUUUCCAAACAACAACAACAACGAAGACACAGGCAUGGUGGCGACAGGAACGAAAUGUGGCGAUGAAAUGGUGUGUAGCCGAGGACAAUGUGUUGAGAUCGAGAGCGCCUACAAGUCGACAAACUGUUCCACCAAGUGCAAAGGACAUGCUGUGUGCGACCAUGAACUGCAAUGCCAGUGUGAGGAAGGAUGGGCGCCACCCGACUGUGACAGCGCGACAACCGUUACACAUUUUGCCAUCAUUGCUGGUGUGCUAGCUGCCCUAGCGGCCAUUGUGAUCGUUGUGGCUUUAUUCAUCUAUUACCGAAACACGAAGAAGAAGCAAAGUCACAGUAGCCAGAACAGAAGCGUAUCCGGAGAGACAAAUCUAGGCUUCUCUGGGCAUGACCAGAAGAGAAGACAGAACGGUGCACCCAGGCAACCUAGAAAGGAGAUCAACGACACAGGAUUCCUUCUUCCCAACCCUCCGCCGCAGGCAAGCAAGCCGCAAGUCUGUGUUAACAUCCCAGAGGAGAGAUCCAAUGGCAGGCCAGCCCUCUACCAAAAUGUAAAAACGCCGAUUGUAAAGCCCAGCAUUCCACCACCUCCAGUUCCUACCGCCAAACCCGCCUUUCCUCCCGCCCCGGGCAAGUCCGUAGCAGAGACAAAGUCCACUCCUUCCCCAGUUCCUAAGGGCAGACCUCCACCUCCACCACAGGCUCAAAGCUUGAAGGCAAAUAAAGAGAAUCCAGUCUUGUUAGUUUGGGGCAGGAGUGGCACACAGCCAGGAUUUUUGGACACACGGUGCUGUCAACACUAUUAGAUGCACAGUCUGGCUUUGAAGCCACCGGUUCAACCCAGAGUAUGAAGCUACUGAAGAAGAAUUGAUCGAGAGUACUGAAAGUCUGAAAAACAGUUUCAUCUCUGUUCACGUGCUGGUUCCUCCCUUUGCCAAGGAAAUUUUGAGAGUCCC